AUGGAGGCGCGCGGGGACCUGGGCCCGGCUCGGGAGUCGGCGGGCGGCGACCUGCUGCUGGCGCUGCUGGCGCGGAGGGCGGACCUGCGCCGAGAGGUCCCGCUGUGCGCCGGCUGUGACCAGCACAUCCUGGACCGCUUCAUCCUCAAGGCCCUGGACCGCCACUGGCACAGCAAGUGCCUCAAGUGCAGUGACUGCCACACGCCGCUGGCCGAGCGCUGCUUCAGCCGCGGGGAGAGUGUUUACUGCAAGGACGACUUCUUCAAGUGA